CUGAUCAUGUUUCCUCAUGGUCCGUGGUAAACAGUCUCUGAUCAUGUUUCCUCAUGGUCCGUGGUAAACAGUCUCUGAUCAUGUUUCCUCAUGGUCCGUGGUAAACAGUCUCUGAUCAUGUUUCCUCAUGGUCCGUGGUAAACAGUCUCUGAUCAUGUUUCCUCAUGGUCCGUGGUAAACAGGCUCUGAUCAUGCAGAGGAAUGGGAAGAUCUUCCUCCAAGACGUGGUAGAUGGGAGAGUAGUGUGCUGCUUCUCUCUCCCAGACACUCAUCUCCUGGCCAGUCCCUGGGAUCCUGUGUUUCUACUGGACCCCAGCCAGCAGGCUCUGCUCAUACUAGGUGAUCAGUGUCCCGGUCCUGACGGUGGGGAGGAGCGGGAGGACGGAGGGAAUCGACUCUUUGUGUUCCGUUUCCAAGACGCUGCUGUCGUCGAGCCGUACAGACCCGGAGAUGUCGUCAGAGCAUCAUCACACCAGGGCCAAUCAGGGACAGGCGCCUCUAACUUGGAGGAAACAUGCAACCUCUAUUUCCAACAAAGGGUUGAAUCUAUGGAGGAGAGAAACAAAGUCAUGACUGAGACAUGGAACCAUCUCCAAGAGCAUGCUGCCAUGGUGCUCUUACAGAACCAACAACAGCAUGUUACCAUCUAA